AUGGCUGGCCACCUUCCGGCAUGUGUGAUUGACAAUGGAACUGGCUACACAAAGUUAGGGUAUGCUGGGAAUUGUGAACCCCAAUUCAUCAUUCCCUCGGCUAUUGCUGUCAAAGAUAAAAUUGCGAGCUCAAAUGCAGCUGCUCUUCGUUGGAACACAUCGACCGGAGGUAGGAUUGAUGAUCUCGAUUUUUUCAUCGGUGAUGAAGCUCUUUCCCCUUCUGCAGCCAAUUAUUCGGCAAAGGUAAAUGUUUACCCAAUCCGUCAUGGAAUUGUCGAAGAUUGGGAUCUGAUGGAACGCUUUUGGGAACAGUGU